GCCUGCAGCCAAGUGGACAGCAAUGGCACCGAUAAGACCAAACACGAAACGCAUCGAAUUUGCGGAAGUGAGCGGGCGGGUGGGGCCUCGACAGUAAUGUGACCACAGUCGCCUUUAGGAUUGCGUGAAACGAAGCGUUAUGUAUGACCCUACAAAGACCCGUGGAGAUUUUUAAGGCCGGACGCGAAAUGAGACGAGGACGUGCGCAAUGUUGAAGGAGCGACUGAAAUAGAGUUUAUAUGCACUAAUUGUCUGGCGCUGAGUGAGGGGGCUAAGAAACACCAGGAGGAUUUACCAUCAUCAUCACACAAGCGAGAUCUCAUGACUGGAGCAAUGUGAAACGCUGAUAUCGCUCAUUCCUUCAGUAUAUUGAGGAAUAAUAAUGAACAACGCGCAAGAUAUGUCUCCCGAUUUUGUCUUGAUGCGCCUGGUCUCCGCGGCCGAGGAUGACCGCUUGGACGAGGAGAAUGGGAAUCUGUCGUCGGGCACUGGACUGGCGGUGGCUAUCAAGGGGAACUUUGAAUGCACGCAGAAUCACGGCCACAUCUCGGCGGUGAACAAAGCUCCGCAGGCCAGCGGAACGGAGGCACCUGACGCGGGAGUGAUGGCGACUAGACCUGCGCUGUCUGUGCCGCCUCCUCUUCUUCAUUCAGCCGAGGCCCACGGGUACGAUCUCACCCACCGAGGUGGAAUGGGGCCUCAGCUGUUGGUAUUCAGAAACAUAUCGAGAGACUCUGAAGGAUUUGCCGAGAACAACUCGGAGGAUCAUCGCAGGGCUUUUGAGGACCAAGCGGUACUCGCUUCCGAGCCUGGCGCUGUGGACGCUCAACAUCCGCCUACAUGGACGCUGCAUCCACAGCUCAAGCUGCCUGCGGUUGCUACGGAUACGGAUGGAGCCGAGUUGUGCCUCCGGCAUCGCUUGAUCACAGACAAACAAGACUGGCCGCCGGUGGUGGAUCACAAAACGAGCUCGACGACGGCGCAGCGGCAGCUCCAGCUGCCCGACGGUCCUGUGCUGGAGCUGGCGAGGAAAUUCGGCGAGCUGGGAGUCGCUCCGGUACCCGAGUUUCUGCUCAAGGAUGGCGAGCUGCAGCAUUGCUCGUGUCAAAGCGUGCUCGGCUCGGCUGGAAUCAGACAGGGAGAGGACCCGACCGAGACCAGUGAUGCGCUGCUGGUGCUGGAGGGCCUCGGGUCAGAAGAGGUGAACGGCCUGGGCAUCAAUGCCUGUCAGAAGGCCGAGUCUCAGAACGCUGAGCCGGGUGCGUUUGCUCUCAAGUGUUUCCCGUCGGUGCUGUCCGGACAAGCUAUGGGGGUGUCCGGGAGACUUUGCUCGCCGGCGUGUUGUUUGUUACGAGACUCGGUAAACAUCAGGCCUCAGGCUCCUACCAGCGACAAACUGACUCCCGAGGUCCUGUCCCAAGCCGAACCCAGCCAGAACACCCCGUGCUCUAGCCAGGCGUCCACACCGAAGGCCCGGCCGGACAGGAGCACGACCCGGGCGCAUCUUUCCGCUGCGAGCGGAGGAGAGAAGACUCUGAAAGUACCAGGGAAAUCCAGGAAGGGCUCGCUUAAAAUUCGCCUGAGUAAACUUUUCAGAACUAAAAGCUGUAGUGGCUCUAACAACAUUUUGGACAAGAGACCUUCAGUAACAUUCUCCAUCUCCUCAGCGGGCAGUUUAGUUGACAUGUCUGGAGCGAGCGGUGGGGAACAAGACACGGCAAGCCAACCUGGACUAACAAGGGCACAGAGUGCCUUUUCUGCAGCCUCUUUUACUCCCGUUUUUACAGGAGAGACUGUGUCCUUGGUUGAUGUGGACAUCUCUCAGAGAGGCAGGAACUCCCCUCACCCUCCCACUCCUCCACCUCCCCCUCGGCGGAGCCUCAGUCUGCUAGACGAUAUAGGUGGGCCGCAGCCUGGGCCUUUCCUAGUGAGUGUAAUGGGGGCCUCCCUGCAGUCUCUCCCUCUGCCUCUUCCUCCUCCUCCCCCUCUCCACGCUACCAUCCAGCAUAGUCUCAGCCUCAAUGAUGCUUUCUUCCGGGCACUUCCACAUUCGGCUCCAUCACCAAUGGAGACUCCGGCCCCUGCUAGAGUGGCCCCGCCCCCAAUCAUGUGUCCACUGAGAGGAGCCGAUUCCAGCAGCUUCACUGCCAGCUUGAGAGAGCUGGAGCGGUGUGGCUGGUAUUGGGGGCCGAUGAACUGGGAGGAUGCUGAAAUGAAGCUGAGAGGAAAGCCAGACGGCUCGUUUUUGGUGCGGGACAGCUCAGACCCACGAUACAUCCUUAGCCUCAGCUUUCGCUCACAGGGAGUCACACACCACACGCGUAUGGAGCACUACAGAGGAACCUUCAGUUUAUGGUGCCACCCUAAAUUUGAGGACCGCUGCCAUUCUGUGGUUGAAUUCAUUGAGCGAGCCAUCAUGCACUCUAAAAAUGGAAAAUUCCUCUACUUCCUACGUUCACGUGUACCUGGGUUGCCCCCAACCCCUGUGCAGCUGCUCUAUCCGGUCUCACGCUUCAGCAAUGUUAAAUCACUCCAGCAUCUGUGCCGUUUCUGCAUCCGACAACUCGUCCGCAUAGAUCACAUCCAGGAGCUGCCCCUCCCCAAACCGCUCAUUGUCUACUUGAGGAAGUUCUAUUACUAUGAUCCAGAGGAAGAGAUGUACCUGUCAAUCAAAGGCAUGCGCAAGGCAGCAGGUGUGGAACAGGAAGCCGAGUCUGAAACAUAGCCAGAUCACUCCUUUUCACUUAAUUCUGUGUGUGGAUAAUAGAUGGAACAGCGCAUGGACACUUCCUGGUGCACAGCUCUGCUCCAACUCCCUGCCAGUCUUCCAGCAGAAGCCAAUGAACAUCAGUCGACUGGCCCCUCCUCUUUGACCAACACGCGGACAGAGGGAGUACAGAGGAUUGCUGGAAUACUGUCUAUGUUGAGCAGGCAAAUAAAUCCAGAGACUGACAUGAUAGACAAAGGACUUGAAAGGUCACUGGACAGCAAACAGUGGACUUAAAAAAAUAAUAAGUUAAACAAAAAACGAACAAGGACAUUUGACUUGGGGUACUAGAAAAAGCCUUCAUCUGUAGGUUAUAUUACACUGGAGUUUUUAAACUGGCCGGUUCAUGAAUCCGUCUCUGUUUGGUUCUUCUUUCUUUCCUCAUCAGGCCCCUGGGUGGAGUGUGUGACCCCUUUAUUUGUCCUUUCCCUGAUUGUAACUCCUUCAGUCUGAUCAGGCCACAUGAACUGUAUUUUGAGUAAAAGACAAAGUAAACUUGAAAAUAAGUGGUGGUAUACUUGAUGGCUUUUUCACAUUAUUUAUGAUUUAAA